UGAGCCCGAGUGGCGAUGGGGGGAGGGGAGCCCCAGACGACCGCCCCCCGCCCCACAGCUGGGACCCGACAAUCUUUCCACAGAUGUGGCGCCACCGGAGCCCCGAGUCAUCCGGUGCUGGAGGGGUCCACCAGAGUCUUAGACUCCGGCGUUCCGGCUCUCUGCACCGCGCCCUGAGACCCCGAAGUCCAGGCUAGAGGACCCCAGAUAGCCAGGUGCCAGCGCCCCCUCCCGGAGAGCCGGGAAUCCCGGGCUUCAGCCCCGCACGACCCCGCAGGCACUGCCUUCUGCACCCGGUUAGAAGAACUCAGGACCCCAGACUGGAGAUACUUUUCCAAGGGUUCCUCGAAAUUCGAAUCCAAGACUCCCGGAGUAGCGGACCUGAGAGAUGGAUUCGUAGUGCCCCAACCAUUCAGGAGGCGAAGCGGCCACCACUUCCAGGGGCCCCAGAAAUUUGGGACGCUCGGUUUAUCCCCUGCCCUUGGAGUUAGAGAAACUCAGGAAUCCGGAGCCCCGGACCCUAGUUAGGAGACUCAGGAAUUCGGGUUCCUAGCGAACCCGCCCCCCCCCCCGCCCCGGGCUUCAGUCCAGGCUCCCAGCAUUUCCCUCCUAGAGGAUCAAGAAAUUCGGGCCGCUGCACCCCUUCUUCAAGGGACCCGGAUUCCGCUUUCCGGAGCCCGAAGUUCGCACCCCUGACUUGCAGAGACCGGGGAGUCCCGCUCCGCGCCUCCCGGGGGACCGCGUUAGGGGCGAAGCGCCUCCGGGCGGGCCCCGCUUUGGGGCUGGCGACUCCCUGGGAGACCGCUGCCUGCCACCCAGCCAUGCCCGAGGGCGCCCGUGGACUGAGCCUGUGCAAACUCAGCCCUGGGCGUGGCCGCAGAGGUCCGGCGUGUGACUGCCCCACCGUGGGUGCCACUCGGACAGCAGCCCCUGCCACAGCGGCCAUGGCCUCCCCCCGAGGUUCUGGGAGCUCCACCUCCUUGAGCACUGUGGGCUCUGAGGGGGACCCAGCCCCCGCACCCACCCCAACCUGCUCAGCCUCCAGACCAGAGCCUCUGCCUGGACCCCCCAUCCGCCUGCAUCUGUCACCCAUGGGGACCCAGGGCUCAGCAAAACCCUCGCGGUUGGAGCGAGUGGCCCGGGAGAUUGUGGAGACGGAGCGGGCCUAUGUGCGGGACCUGCGUAGCAUCGUGGAGGACUACCUGGGUCCUUUGCUGGAUGGUGGGGUCCUGGGGCUGAGCACGGAGCAGGUGGGCACACUCUUUGCCAACAUCGAAGACAUCUACCAGUUCAGCAGUGAACUCCUGGAGGACCUGGAGGGCAGCAGCGGUGCUGGGGGCAUUGCCGAGUGCUUCGUGCUGAGGAGUGAGGAGUUUGACAUCUACACGUUGUACUGCAUGAACUACCCGAGUUCCCUGGCCCUGCUCCGAGAACUGUCGCUGUCUCCGUCAGCAGCCCUGUGGCUGCAGGAUCGCCAGGCCCAGCUUCAGCACUCGCUGCCUCUGCAGAGCUUCCUGCUGAAACCUGUGCAGCGCAUCCUCAAGUACCACCUGCUGCUGCAGGAGUUGGGCAAACACUGGGCAGAGGGCCCAGGUGCGGGGGGCCGCGAGAUGGUGGAGGAGGCCAUCGUGUCCAUGACCGCGGUGGCCUGGUACAUCAAUGACAUGAAGCGCAAGCAGGAGCAUGCGGCACGCCUCCAGGAAGUGCAGCGGCGGCUCUGUGGCUGGACCGGGCCGGAGCUCAGUGCUUUCGGGGAGCUGGUGCUGGAGGGAGCGUUCCGAGGGGGCGGAGGGGGCGGCCCCCGACUUCGAGGCGGUGAGAGGCUACUCUUUCUCUUCUCCCGGAUGCUGCUGGUGGCCAAGCGCCGUGGACCGGAAUACACCUACAAGGGCCACAUCUUUUGUUGCAACCUCAGUGUGAGUGAGAACCCGCGCGACCCUCUGGGCUUCAAGGUGUCUGAUCUGACCAUUCCCAAACACAGACACCUGUUUCAGGCCAAGAACCAAGAGGAGAAGAGGAUUUGGAUCCACUGUCUGCAGCGCCUCUUCUUUGAGAACCACCCCGCUUCCAUCCCUGCCAAGGCAAAACAAGUUCUUCUUGAAAACAGCCUUCACUGUGCUCCUAAGAGCAAACCCCUCCCGGAGCCCCUGACACCCCCACUUGGGUCUCCCCGACCUCGAGAUGCUAGAAGUUUCACCCCUGGACGAAGGAACACAGCUCCAUCACCGGGACCCUCUUCCAUCCGCCGCGGCCGCAGACAAUCUGCCAAGCAGAGGCUUAAGCAUGCUGGCAGUGACGGGGAACUGUACCCGCCACUGGGUCCUCAGCCAACAGCUGCAGCUUCUGGCCCCUCCGAAGACCUGGAAGACACGGCCCCCCCCUCGCUCGACCCCUCUGGAACAUCCAUCACAGAAGAAAUCCUUGAGCUGCUGAACCAGCGAGGUCUCCGGGAUCCGGGGAGUCCCCAGCCAUCGUCUCCCCACGACCUCCCCAAGUUGCUCGGAGAGCCCCCAGCACCCGGCACAGGCGGUGCCCUCCCAUUCCAAGGCCUGCAGGAUCGAGACUCUUCAGAGGAGGAGGAGGAGGAGGAGGAGGAAGAGCUGGACGAACGGGAGCCUUCCCCACUCCAUGUCCUGGAGGGGCUGGACAGUUCAGGUGCCGCUGAAGUGCCCGACAUUCCCAGCCUCCCCGACAUUCCUGGCCUGGCUGAGAUUCCCCCAAUGCCCCGCCUUGCAGCUGACAUUCCCGAACUUUCCAGCAUUCCCGCCCAGCCCCGAGAUUCCUGGCUUCAGGACCCCCUGCAGGAGCCCGGGGAGGCACUAGCCAGCAGGGGAGACCCAUUCCCUGAAAGUGGCUCUGGAAAACGGGCCGAGCCUUCCUCGGGAGAUGGGGCCAGGUGUGAGGAAGGAGAAGAAGGGGUGUCUUUCCCCGCAUUCGAGCUCCAGGAUGGCGCCCGCGAUGAGGGAUUCCCGGAGGAGCUGGAGUUCCGUUCUUGCUCGGAAAUCCGGAGCGCCUGGCGGGCGCUGGAGCAGGGGCAGCUGGCCAGGCCUGGCUUCCCGGAGCCACUGCUGAUCCUGGAAGAUUCGGAUCUGGGGGGCAGUGGCGGGAGCGGGAAGGUGGGAGCCUCAAGCUCCCGUGUCCGGGAGCUGGCCCGGCUCUACAGCGAGCGGAUCCAGCAGAUGCAGCGGGCCGAGACCCGGGCCUCGGCCAAUGCACCGCGCCGCCGGCCUCGGGCCUUGGCGCAGCCCCAGCUCGUGCCCUGCCUGACGCCAGAGCAGGCCGAGCCAGGACCCCUGCCUGCCUUUGGACACGUGCUGGUGUGUGAGCUGGCCUUCCCGCUGGCCUGCGCUCAGGCGUCCGUGCACCUGGGUCCUGCUGUCCGCCUUCAAGCUGCUGUACCUUUGUCUAAUCUGGGAGGCUGCCAGGGGAACCCACGGCCAAGAGUUCCAAGUCGGCCUGAGCAAGACUGGGGUUGCCCACAGGCUCCAGCUGCUGUCCCCGUGCCUGAGCAAAGACAUAUGUGCGGUGCUGGCAUUCCCACUGCCACACCCUGGCCUGCGCAGAAGGGACCCCCGGAUGUCCAGGGUCCAACUGUGACAACUGUCACCGAGCAAGGAGACCACAUGGAAAUCAAGGGUCCUGCGGCUGCCUCUCCACCUGAGCACAGAGACCGAGGGGAGGCGCAGGCAUCUGGCCCCAACAGCCCCUGCUGUGCCCACGCCUGA